AUGCCUUUUGGAUCUGCGGUUGUCACAAUCGGACACGAGAUGUACCUAAUCGGUGGAUGCGACGACUACAGAAAGCAAAUAUUGAAUGUGUUUCUCAUUGAUUGUAGAAAUCACACGUUGCGUGAGCUCCCGAGUAUGAACAGAGCUCGCUGCGGAGCAGCCGCCGGAGUAAUUGAUGGGAAGAUUUACGUAAUCGGAGGUUUCGAGAAGAAGCGAUUAUCCGGUGACGAUUGGAUCCAAGUGUACGAUUUCAAGACCGAGGUUUGGAGUCCUGUGCCUGGUCCAUACCAUUACGGUAGCGAGCUUGGAGAGUUUGAGACAUCCGUGGUUAUGGAAGAGAAGAUUUACGUUUUGGAUCGUGAUUCUUGUUUCUCUUACGAACCCAAAACGCGUAAAUGGGAAUCAUCAUACGACAGGUUGAGAGAUUUCUGGCUAAUGUCGUCUUGUGUGGUAGAUGAUAGGUUGUAUACUAUUGAUCCUCUUGGAAUAAGUAUGCUUGGAAGUUCACUAAUCGUAUAUGAUCCAGUGGAGAAGGACUGGGUAGCUGUGAAAGGUGUACAUGGUUUGCCUAAGCUCUUGUAUCAUGAUGCUAAAAUGGCGAAUUUCGGUGGAAAGUUGGUGAUUUUGGGUGCUAGUCAGAUGUAUACUGGUGGGGAGAGAGAUAUUUGGUGUGUAGAGAUCGGUUUGGAAAGACGUCAAGGAGGUGAGAUUCGGGGGAAUGUUGAAUCAGUCAAGUGUGUGCUUACAUCCAUGAGUUCGCCUUGGAUAGACUUUUGUCGUACUGUUACGGUGUAA